AUGGCUCCCCGUGAUGGAGAGAUGAUCUCCACCCCUCCCGUGGUGGAGGCAGAUGUCGAUGAAGUCGUUGCCGACCAGAGCGAAGUUGGCAGCGAUGAUGCUCUACUGGAGUCACUGGGAUAUAAACCAGUUCUUCAUCGAACAUAUUCCUUGCUAGAAAGCUUCUCAACGACCUUCUCCGCCCUCUACUUUGUCGGAGGUGUACGGGUCACUUUCAGCACUGGAAUCGCUGCAGGCGGUAACCUGGCAUAUUGGAUAAACUACUUAAUUACAGCAGUCUUCACAUUUAUCACCGCAGCAGUCAUCGCAGAGAUAUGCUCUUCACUGCCGUCAGCUGGUUCAAUUUACCUUUGGGCCGCCGAAGCUGGUGGGCCGAAAUAUGGUCGCCUGUUAGGUUUUGUCGUUGCAUGGUGGAGUACAACCGCAUGGACGACGUUCUGUGCAAGUAACACUCAAUCGGCCGUCAACUAUAUGCUUGCUGUAUGUUCAAUCCCCCAGGAGAUAAAUCACCGCGACAAAGGCGGAAAGACAGGAUUAACAAGUGUCCUACAGGAGUUCACCGUUUUUGACGUCGAUUUUCCUAAGAAUGUGGAUAGUAUCAAAUUCCGAGCGGUGCAGUGGAUUUGCACCGAAGUUCUGCUUGGGUUGGCCACGAUAGUGAAUUUCCUUCCUCCGAAAUAUUUCAGGUGGAUUUUCUAUCUUUCUUCGUCUUUUGUUCUGCUAGACUUCCUCUUAAACGUCAUCUGGCUCCCCAUCGGGGCUCAUAACACGUGGGGCUUCCGCACUGCUCACGAAGCCUUUCUGGAGACAUAUAACGGCACCGGCGCCCCAGCAGGUUGGAACUGGUGUCUGUCCUUCCUCGCCACUGCGGGUAUUCUCAUCGGCUUUGAUGCUUCCGGCCACAUCGCCGAGGAGACCAAGAAUGCGUCACUGACAGCUGCGAGGGGAAUAUUUUGGAGCACGGUAGUGAGCGGCCUUGGAGCUGGAGUGACGAUUGUACUUUUCUUAUUCUGUGCUCCGGACCCUGAGACACUAUUCUCGUUUGGAUCACCACAGCCGUUCGUGCCUCUGUACGCAAUCGUGCUCGGCAAACGAGCCCAUCUGGUCAUGAACGUGAUAUGCGUCAUAGCUUAUUGGUUUAAUACCACCAUCGCCAUCGUUGCAGCCUCCCGUCUCGUCUUCGCCGUCGCUCGUGACGGUGUCCUUCCAUUUUCAGGCUGGGUUUCCCGAGUCUCGCCCAACGGACAACCGCACAACGCCAUCCUUGUGGUGUGGGGUGUGGCUGCCGUCGUGACAUGCACCAUCCUCCCGUCCACCGUGGCGUUUACCUCCCUCGUCUCCGCCGCUGGGGUCCCCUCCGCUGCGGCAUACGGUCUGAUCUGCUUGGGUCGGGUGUUCCUCACACCAAAGAAAUUUCCCAAGGCACGCUGGAGCCUGGGGCGGUUGAGUCGGCCAUUUCAGAUUAUCGGCAUCUUCUGGAACGCGUGGGUGGUGGCUGUUUUGUUUUCACCGUAUCAGUUCCCUGUUACGGGGGAGAACCUAAACUAUGCACCCAUCAUCUUGUCCGGGGUGACUAUCCUGGCUCUGGUGUCGUAUUGGAUUAUCCCGGAGGAGAAGUGGUUCCCGAAUGCACGAAUCACGAAAUUCGUAGAACAGGAGCCGGCACCGGCCAUGCAACAAACGCAAACAUCCCCGGGUAAGUCGGGCAGUUUGAAAUGA